AUGCCAUUGCAGGGCUGGAAGAAGAGGAAGAGAUCCAGGGAGGAGAGUUACUCCAUCUACAGCUACAAAGUGAUGAAUCAGGUUCAUUCAGAUACUGGCAUCUCCUCCAAGGCCAUGAACAUCAUGAACUCAUUCGUCAACGAUGUCUUCGAGCACAUCGCAGAUGAGGCUUCCCGCCUGGCCCACUACAACAAGCGGCAGACCGUUAGCUCCCGAGAGAUCCAGACCGCUGUGUGCCUGCUGCUGCCCGGGGACCUGGCCAAGCAUGCCAUGUCGGAAGGCACAAAGGCGGUGACCAAGGUCACUAGCUCCAAAUGA